CCGUUACCUCACUAGAUGUAUACGCAUCAUGCACCUGCUCUCUGCUCUCUGAUCCUCCCUCAUCGUCUCUUGAUCUCUUGCAGCAGUAGAUAGGAGACCACGAGUUACGAUAGCAUGGCACCCAAAUUCACACCCGAAAAUAUCGACUACUCGCUCUACUUGGUGACCGGUCGAGAGCUAUUACCUCCCGGCAAGGACUAUUAUGAGAGCUUGGAAGAGUCCUUAAGAGGUGGAGUGACGGUCGUACAAGUCAGGGAGAAGAACAUCGAUACCGGCGAAUUCUACGAGAUCGCCCGUAAAACCAAACUCCUCACCGACGCCUAUAACGUCCCUCUCAUAAUCAACGACCGCCUCGACAUCUGUCUCUCCAUAAAGGCCGCCGGGUUGCAUAUCGGACAGACCGACCUGGACCCUCGGACCGCCCGGAAACUCCUCCCCCCUGGUUCUGUUUUGGGGCUAUCUAUCGGGUCUCUGGAAGAAGCUUCCCGUCUCCUAGACCAGUACAAGGACGAGGAAAAGGGAGGGGCUUUGGUGGACUAUGUAGGUAUAGGGGCGGUCUGGCGGACGACGAGCAAGGAUGUCAGUAAAAAAGUGAUGUUAGGUCCCGAGGGAGUCGGGAAGAUCUUGGAUCUGCUUCAUGAUGAGUCAGGGGGUUCGAUUAAGAGCGUAGCUAUCGGCGGAAUCCACCUCCCCAACCUCCCUCACCUCCUGCACGGCUCCCACUCUCCCACUCACCUUCGAACGCUAGACGGGAUCGCCGUCAUAUCCGAUAUAGUCUCUUCCCCGCGCCCUGAAGAGGCCGCUCGACAACUCUCCGAAGCUUUCAAGCGCGGGGUCGCUGGGUUUUCAUCAUCAGGAGGACCUGCCGGACAUGCGGUCUUGCCCACCGGAAUACAUAUAGCUGAUAGGGAGGGGGAUGGGAGGAGGAGGAGGAGUAAGAUAGAUUGGUUGGAAGGUGUCGUUGGGCUUAUGAGGGUUGUCAAGGAGAAGAAACCGUUGGCUCACCAGAUGACGAAUACGGUCGUUGCCAACGAUUCCGCCAACACUACCUUGGCUCUCGGGGGGAGUCCGAUAAUGGCCACCCACCCGCUGGACGUCAAGGAUCUGAGCAAGAUCUUGGAUGCUCUGUUGAUCAAUUUCGGGACCAUCUCCGAUAAACAAGGCAUGAUCGUCGCCGGGCAAGAGGCCAACAAGAACUUGAAACCGGUCAUCUUUGACCCGGUUGCUAUCGGUGCCACGUCGUAUCGUCGAGAAACCGCCAAGGAGCUACUGGAUGCCUGGCAGCCGACGGUGAUCAAGGGCAAUGCCGGGGAAAUCGGAGCGCUCGCAGGUUCGCUCGAGGUGGCUAGCAAGGGCGUCGAUUCGGUCGGACCUGGGUUCGCUAAACCCGCCGACGUGGUCAAGACGCUCGCCCGGCAGAAGCGGGCGAUUGUUGCGAUGACCGGAGUCGACGACUACAUCUCUGACGGAGAGACGGUCUUAAAGGUGUCGAAUGGACAUCACUGGAUGGGUUGUAUCACAGGUAGCGGCUGCAUGACCGGCACUGCCGUGACCGUCUACUGCGGCGCUGCCAGGAUCGCAGGCACAUCAUCGACCCAGCUCGUCAAGGGGGACAUGCUUCUCGGCGUGCUCGCGGGCAUCUUGGUGUACACCAUCGCUGGACAAAAAGCCGGCGAACGGGACGACGUACGAGGUCCCGGUACGUUCAGGGCGGCGUUCAUCGACGAGAUGUACCACGUUACGACGGAAGACGUCUUGCGGAUGGCCAAGUUCGAGGUUGUAGAAUAGAACUGAGGAAGGUUUGAUCGAAUUGAAGGAAGA